AGUCGCAUAUUAGAUUUCGUUGUGUACGGUCGAUUCAAUAUUGGUGAAUAAACUUCUGAUAGCAUUUCAAAAAUUGAGUAUCCAUUCCCUAUUAGUCCCAAUGUCAAUUUGACAUUUCGUAUCGACCCUAUGCAUCUAUUUAGUGACCAUCAUACUGAUACUCAAAAUGAACAUGGCUAAUACGGGCGUAUUGCCUUUCGUCAGAGGGGUUGAUUUCACCAGAAAUGAUUUCAAUGGGGACAAAUUUCCUACUGCAGUAAGCUCUAUGAUAGGAGUCCAGUGGUUGAAGUUAGAUCGUACAAAUUUGGAUGAAAUUCCCAAAGAGUUGGGGAAUCUUAUGAAAUUGGAACAUCUCUCCCUAACAAGAAAUAAUCUUGAAAAACUCUAUGGAGAGUUAACAGAACUGAAUUGCUUGCGUACUUUGAAUCUAAGACGUAAUAAUGUCAAGAGUUCAGGAAUUCCAGCAGAACUCUUUCAACUUGAAGAACUGAGUACCUUAGAUUUGAGUAGAAAUAACUUGAAGGAAAUUCCUGAAGGUUUGGACAAAGCUAAGUCAUUGCUAGUGUUGAACUUGAGUCACAACUACAUUGAGUCAAUUCCAAAUAGUCUCUUCAUCAACUUGACAGAUCUGUUGUUCUUGGAUUUGAGCAAUAACAAUUUAGAGACUCUUCCUCCUCAAACUAGAAGACUUGCCAAUUUACAGACUUUGAUUUUAAACAACAAUCCUUUAGGACACUUCCAACUACGCCAAUUGCCAUCAUUAAUUAAUGUUGAAACAUUGCAUAUGAGAAACACUCAGAGGAACCUUAAUAAUUUUCCCACUAACUUGGAGAAUCUGAUUAAUCUUGUUGAUGUUGACUUGGCAAAAAAUGGUUUGCCCAAAAUUCCAGAUUCAUUGUAUUCCCUACCAAAUUUGAAAAGACUAAAUCUGAGUGAAAAUGAAAUCACUGAAUUAUCCUCAGCUCUAGAGCUGUGGCAAAAACUGGAAACAUUGAAUUUAUCAAAUAACAAUAUAACCAUUCUCCCUAGUGGAAUAUGCAAGUUAUCUUCAUUGAGGAGAUUGUAUGUGAAUGACAAUCAAUUGGACUUUGAGGGCAUUCCUUCUGGCAUAGGAAAGCUGGGUAACCUAGAAAUUUUCUCAGCAGCAAAUAAUCGUCUAGAGAUGAUACCUGAAGGCCUGUGCAGAUGUGGUUCAUUGAAAAAGUUGAAUCUGAGUUCAAAUCAGUUGAUAACAUUGCCAGAUGCCAUACAUCUUCUAACUGAUUUAGUUAAUUUAGAUUUGAGGCACAAUCCUGACUUGGUCAUACCCCCCAAGCCAGUUGAAACAAUUAGAGGGGCAGGAAUUGAGUUUUAUAAUAUUGAUUUUUCACUGCAAAAUCAACUGAGGCUGGCUGGUGCUAAUGUACCAGCUCCUACACCCACACAAAAUCCAAGUAAGGAUCCAAUUGCGAGAAAACUCAGACUGAGGAAAGGUCGAAGAGAUCAUGAGGAAGCAGACCAGGAUCAAGCGAAAAUUCUGAAGGGUAUGAAAGAUAUAGCCAAAGAAAAAGACAAUAGUGUCCAGGAAGAUGCUAAAACAGAAUCACUAAAGCCUAAGCGAUGGGAUGAAACCCUGGAAAAACCUCCUUUAGAUUAUUCCGAAUUUUUCGAUGAUAAUGCAGGACAAGUGCCUAGUCUCACGAUCUGGGAAAUUGAGAACUUCUUGCCUAAUCGUAUCGAUGAAGUCGCAUACGGAAAGUUUUACGAAGGAGAUUGUUACAUAGUCCUCAAGACGAGUGUGGACGAAAAUCAAGCAUUAUCUUGGAAAAUAUAUUUUUGGAUUGGAGAAAAAGCACCAUUAGACAAGAGAGCUUGCUCAGCUAUUCAUGCGGUAAAUUUGAGAAAUUAUCUGGGGGCGCAAUGUCGUACAAUUAGAGAAGAACAAGAAGACGAAUCGGAAGAAUUCUUGAGUCUUUUCGACUCACAGAUUCAAUAUAUUGAAGGAGGAAGAACCUGUAGCGGAUUCUAUACUGUCGAAGACUUGAAUUUCGAAACAAGAUUAUACAGAAUCCAUCCGGCUGGACCAACCGUCCAUCUGGAACCAGUCGCCAUUUCUGUCGAUUCUUUGGAUCCGAAUUUCGUGUUCGUAUUGGACACUGGGAUGCAAAUUUUCGUGUGGAACGGCAAGAAAGCGAAAAACACCUUGAAAUCCAAGUCUCGUUUGAUGUGCGAGAAAAUCAACAAGAUCGAACGCAAAAAUAAGGCCGAAAUAAUCACCGAGAUCACUGGAGACGAGAGCAAAGAGUUUUGGAUCGGUUUAGGACAACCAGACGGUUUGCCACCAGAAGAACCACCGAGGGAACAUGUUAGUCUCGAUUUUACCCCAGUACCUCCGAGACUGUAUCAAGUUCAGUUAGGCAUGGGAUAUUUGGAAUUACCUCAAGUGGAAGUACCACUAGGAAAGCUAGUUAAUACUCUUUUGAUUAGCAAAAACGUGUAUAUCUUGGAUUGUUACUUGGACGUUUUCGUAUGGAUCGGCAAAAAAUCCACUAGACUCGUUAAUGCGGCUGCUGUAAAAUUAUCGGAAGAAUUAUUCAACAUGAUUGACAGGCCAGAGUACGCGAGAGUGACUCGCGUCAGAGAAGGAACCGAAUCGCAGGUGUUCAAAUCGAAGUUCCUCGGAUGGGACGAAGUGAUAGCGGUGGACUUCACACGAACGGCCGAAUCCGUCCAGAAGACCGGCGCCGAUCUGACCAAGUGGGCUAGGGGGCAGGAGACCAAGGCCGACCUGACCGCCCUUUUCACGCCCAGACAGCCGUCGAUGUCGCUAGGCGAGGCGCAGCAGCUCAUGGAGGAGUGGAACGACGACUUGGAGGCGAUGGAGGCCCUCGUCCUCGAAGGCAAGAAGUUCGUCCGGCUGCCGGAAGAGGAGCUCGGCACCUUCCACUCAUCGGACUGCUACGUCUUUCUCUGCCGGUACUGGAUGCCGCAAGACGAGGCCGAGGCUGUCACAGAAGAGGACGCCGACGACUUCCAGUGGGUGUGCUACUUCUGGCAGGGCAGGGACGCCUCCAACAUGGGCUGGCUGACGUUCACGUUCACGUUGCAGAAGAAGUUCAAGGCGCUGUUCAGGGACAAGUUGGAGGUUGUCAGGACGUACCAACAACAGGAGAAUAUGAAAUUCAUGGCACAUUUCAAGCGAAAGUUCAUCAUCAAACAAGGGAAACGUAAUCGGAAAUUAGAGAAGAAUGCAGUGGAGUUUUAUCAUCUGAGGUCCAAUGGAAGUGCCCUCUAUACAAGACUUGUUCAGAUCAAACCGGAUGCAUCUCUGUUGAAUUCGUGUUUUUGUUACAUUCUGAACGUCCCCUUCGAACAAGAAGACGACUCCGGCAUCGUCUACGUGUGGAUCGGUUCGAAAUGCGAUCCAGACGAGGCCAGACUCGUCCAGGAGAUCGCCGAGGACAUGUUCAACAGUGCGUGGGUGACGCUGCAAGUGUUGUCCGAGGGCGAGGAGCCCGACAAUUUCUUCUGGCUGGCGCUCGGCGGCAAGAAAGCCUACGAUACCGAGGCGUCCUUUAUGGAGUACACCAGGCUGUUCCGGUGCUCGAACGAGAAGGGCUAUUACAUCGUGUCUGAGAAAUGCUCCGAUUUUUGCCAGGAUGAUUUAGCGGAUGAUGACAUCAUGAUACUGGAUAAUGGGGAUCAGGUAUUCUUAUGGUUGGGAGCGAAUUGCAGUGAAGUUGAAAUUAAAUUAGCAUAUAAAUCAGCACAGGUGUACAUUCAACACAUGAGAGCAAAACAGCCUGAAAAACCAAGAAAGUUUUUCCUCACUCUCAAAAAUAAGGAAUCCAGGAGAUUCACCAAAUGUUUCCAUGGUUGGGGAGCUCACAAGAAACCUCCGGAAUAGAAUUAAUAUUUUGUAGAUAGGUACUUAUUUAUUGAAUUAUCAAAUUACUAAAUAAACACUAAAAAUUAUUUCGCUC